AUGAUUCAGUGGACGGAAAAAUUGAGGCCUUGUGCUGAGGCUUUGUACAUUGUUUUGUUUCAUAACCAUAGCGAGCUUUUAGGUCCUCUUGUGGUUUCUAUCCUUCAAGAAGCAAUCACUCCAGGGCUGCUUCUGAAAGAUGCUGCUUAUGCUGCUGCUGCAUAUGUUUAUUAUGAGCUUUCAAAUUACAUGACCUUUAAAGAUUGGUUUAAUGGUGCAUUAUCACUUGAUCUCUCAAAUGAUCAUCCAAAUAUGCGUAUCAUCCAUCGGAAAGUCGCAAUUAUAUUGGGACAAUGGGUUUCUGAGGUGAUAUAUUUAUUUGAUUUUUCUUAUUUUAAAAAUAUUAUGGAUUCAAAGGAGCUGUACAAGCAUAUAGAAGUUUCUUCUCAAUAUAUGUCAAGUGGUGGCAGAUGCAAAGAAUUUUUUUCAGUUGCAAUGUUUCUUGCUUCAUUGCUUCUAAUUUCAUACUCACAUUUAAGAUAUUUAACUGUGUUUCUGGUCAGUAAACUAGGAGAAAUUAAUUUUUUUGUUUUUGUAUAAUUGUGCUACUGCACUCUAUUUGUAGAAGUUGUGGAAUGGAUAACUAUUUAUGUGUGUGUAUGUAUAUAUAUUAGUGGAUUUUUUUCAUUUACUCCAGAUAAAAAGAUGCAUGUUAAGAUGAAUUUUCUACUUUGUUUGGUGAGUUGUAUCUCUGUUUGUAUUCAUUAUUCUAGUGACAAACCUCACUGAG